AUGGAUAAACACGACAAAGAGGAAUUGGUUCAAAUGUUCAAAGAGCUGGAUAAAAAUAAAGAUGGAUACGUGACCUUUAAAGAACUCAAAGAAGGUUUCGGAUUAUCCCCCGAUUAUGAGGAAUUUUUAAAGGAAUUAAUGAAAUUAAUGGAUUUAAAUCAAGAUGGAAAGGUUUCACUGGAUGAAUUCAUCAAAACUAUUGAUGCCAUACUUCAAUAAAAUUUGGUGGUUCUUUAAAACUGUCACCGAUAACUGCAUUACAAUACCUAACAUGACAGGAAUAACAAACAAUAAUUGCCUUCAAUUUUUUCUUAAUAAUAACAUUAAUAAUUUUAACACUAUGCGAAA